AUGGGUAAUUGGUUCGGAGAUCUCAAUCUUGGGCUGAAAUAUGCCAUCGUUCUUGGGGCAUUGAUUUUCCUGGUAUUUAUUGCCGGAUUUAUGAAAUUGUUCUAUGUCAGGCAGAAGACCAGAAAGAUCAUGGCGGAAGCCAAAGCCAAAGCCGCCAACGAGGAAGGAAAAAUAGAGCAAAUUGCGCUCAACCAGCGCGAAGAAGGCGAAGGUGAUCUUUUCGGUAUCCGCGCCCUCGAACGGGGUUUCUACGGCGGUGUCGCGCAGUCCCGCCCUACAACACCCACACCCGCCAGCAUGUCCGCCAGCACUCUCGUACAAUCCGGAAACAUCCCCUUCGGCCAGGGCAGCGCCACCAGCAGCGUCAUCACUAUUGACGUCGGAAACCCCAAAGGCCCCGCACAACUCCCACCCUCAAAGGUGGCAGUCGAUAUGCAGCUCAACGUCCCCGACUCCCCAAAGCACCCGCGGUCUCCCGAGUCCCCAAGCUUCCCGAGAUCGCCCAGCCCGUUGUCGAGAGGAAGCUCACCACAGCUCGAGUCGGAUAUUCCAAGUAGUGGGCUCGGUCUGAAUAACUACUCGUCCUCCAAUGGAGGACCGAAAAUACAGAACUCUCCGCCUAGCUCCCCUGCGGGAACAAAUUUUAGUCGCCCCCCUCCACCGUCGCCACCUAGGCCGCAGAUUAAGAUUGAUGGACCUAUAGAUGAUGGUGAUGAGCAGAACCAGAACGAGAGGUUUCCGUCGCGACGAUGA